UGUUUACUUCAAACGCGGAAAAGCAAGCAGAAGAAAUUUCUGUGCAUCGUGAAUUGCACAGCGGUCCGUUCUCUUCGUGUCUACAGAGUUAGGAUAUAAGCAUCUUACUUGCCAAUUCACGACAUUUCUUCACAAUAAUAGUGGCAGAAAACGUCAACUGCCCGUGACCAGGCUACAGCACAUACAGAGAUGGCAUCUGCAGGCUAUCAGGACAUUAAGAACAAUUUCUUACAAUGUGGAAAGACACAAGAUGCAGUGAAAUACCUGAAACAGGUCUCUGACACAGUGUGCAAACAUCGCCAUGCGAGUAUUACUCUCAAGAAGCCAGAGAAAUCAGAGUGGAAGUUUGGGGGCCUGGAUGACACGUUCUACAAAGGAGAAGAGGAAGUUAAGGAGUGGGGGAACUUCUACCUACCAGACAGUGUGACGAUGGAGGUGUUAGGAGCUGUGGAAAACCUCCCCUACCCGACAGAGAGUGGCCAGCUGGUCAUAAUGCUGUGUGAGGACCGUCAGGUGUAUGCUUAUGACGGAGAGGAGAUGCACCUGGUCGCUCUGAGCCUGAAGGAAGUCUUUGACUCUGGGCUUCAGUAUCCUGGCUUCAAGUCCUUCUACAGAGGGGAGUGCUUUAAGGACAUGACGAAGGAAGACUGGGCCAUGGUAAGACAGGGCAAAGUGGGGAGGAGACUUGAAAAGGAGCACCAGGAGUUACUGAGACAAACCAAACCCAGCUUCCUGAGUUGUCUUAACUCCAUCAAAGGAGAUAGCAGCACAGGUGCCUGUAGCUAUCCCGAACCAGUGGAACCUCCAACAGUACUUGUUUAAGAAGCAAUAUAAUCACUACUUAUAGACCCAUAGUGGCAAAAACUGGUAAUAAAUUCAAGUUAACGUGUAUGCUGGUGUAUUAGGGCUGUGGUGGUCAUGAAAUUUGAAUUGUUAUG